GUUUUGUGCCUCUUGCUCUGGCAGCUUUAGGCAUCACUGUCCCCGUGUGAACAUCACCAUGUCCGAAGUGCCCCGGGCAGAGACUUUUGUCUUCCUGGACCUGGAAGCCACUGGGCUCCCCAAUGUGGACCCUGAGAUCGCCGAGAUCUCCCUGUUUGCUGUCCACCGCUCCUCCCUGGAGAAUCCGGAGCGUGACGAGGCUGGCACCCCUGUGCUGCCCCGGGUCCUGGACAAGCUCACGCUGUGCAUGUGCCCAGAGCGCCCCUUUACUGCCAAGGCCAGCGAGAUCACGGGCCUGAGCAGUGAGGGGCUGGCCCAGUGCCGGAAGGCCGGGUUCAACAGUGCCGUGGUGCGGACGCUGCAGGCCUUCCUGAGCCGCCAGGAGGGCCCCAUCUGCCUCGUGGCCCACAAUGGCUUUGAUUAUGACUUCCCCCUGCUAUGCACAGAGCUGCGGCGCCUAGGCGCCCACCUGCCCCGGGACACCAUCUGCCUGGAUACGCUGCCGGCGCUGCGGGGCCUGGACCGCGCCCACAGCCACAGCACCCGGGCCCAGGGCUGCAAGGGUUACAGCCUGGGCAGCCUCUUCCGCCGCUACUUCCAGGCAGAGCCCAGCGCGGCGCACUCGGCCGAGGGCGACGUGCACACUCUGCUCAUGGUCUUCCUGCACCGUGCUGCCGAGCUGCUCGCCUGGGCUGACGAGCAAGCCCGCAGCUGGGCUCACAUCGAGCCCAUGUACAUGCCUCCCGAUGGCCCAAGCCUUGAGGUCUGA